AGUACAUGUCCACACGGUGUCUUUAUUCUGACUUACAGAGUAAUCUGAGAUUUCACGUGCCUUCUGCCAUGAUCCUGCUGGUGGUGUGUGCGUUGGCUGCCAUUUCUUCGGCACAAAGAAAACCUCUGCCUGAACUGAUCAAGCCGCCAAUGAAGCCAUAUGUGCAACACAUCAAGUGCUGGACAGACUGGAUGGACCGUGACGACCCAACCGGAACUGGAGACUGGGAGACUGUCAGUAACCUGCAGACGGAGCAACCCAAGACCAUGUGCCCCGACCCCACCGCCAUCGAGGUGGCGACCGUGGAUGGCAUUAGCCUGGCUGAUGCAGGCAAUGUGUUUUAUGCGAAUGAUCACAUCACUGGCCUCGUCUGUAAGAAUGCAGAUCAGAAGAAAUGUUUCUGCCGGGACUAUAAAGUCCGUUUUGUCUGCCACCCUCCAUUCUGUGGCACUGAGAAAAUGUGCUGGACAAAAUGGUACGACCGUGACAAUCCCUCCGCAACCGGUGACUGGGAGCUGCUCAUCAACCUGCGUGCUGAGAACCCUGGAGAGAUCUGCGCCACUCCCAUCGCCAUUGAGAGCAGAACUGUGGACACAAACACGCCUGCAACCAUGACAGGCCAAGACUUCAUUCACUACUCUCCGACAACUGGGUUUGCCUGCAGAAACGGGCCCGAUCAAUACUGCCGGGACUACAAAGUCCGCUUUGGGUGUCCUUGUUGAGUAAGAACUGGUUGUUGGAAGUACGACUCUUCCACUGAAGACCCGAGGGCUUGAUAGGCCAUCGGUGCAUUAAAGUGGACUUCUCACAGUAGUGCAGUGAUGUGAGUUGAUAAGAUGUAUUUCUGCUCCAGCAAUAACUGGUGUUGACUUGAUCAUUGAAAAGUCAGCAAGCAUGUGAAGCAAAAAUAAAAGUAGCAUGGGGAAAAAA